AUGCUCCUCGUCGACUCGACAACCAUUCCGCCAUGGGCGUACUUUGCUCUGGCCACGACCCUUCUCACGGCAUGGGUUCUCAGCUUCCGCUACCAGAAGGGCCUGAACAAGUACCCCGGCCCAUUCGUCGCGUCAGUCACAAACUUCUGGCGUCUCUGGCAAUGGUUGCGCCACACCGACAUGUGCUAUUUCCCCAAGGUGGCCAAGUAUGGACGCAUCAUCCGCAUCGGUCCCAAUACGUUGCUGUUCAACGACCCGGAGGCCAUCAAGGAUAUAUACAUGACGCAUUUCAACAAGGCAAGACAGUCCGACUUCUACAAAGUGGGCCAGGGCGUCUCCCGCGGCGUCGCCGUGCCCAACAUCUUCUCGACCACCGACCGACAUUACCACGCCAAACUGCGGCGCUCCGUGGCCAACGCAUUCGCACUCAGCACGCUGGUCAACUACGAACCCUACGUCACGGACACGGUGGCGACGUUCCUCGCGCAACUGGACGCCCGCUUCGCAGGACGGCCUGGCGCGGACGGCAUCUGCGACAUGUCCGAAUGGACCAAGUAUUUUGCGUUGGACGUCGUGAGCGCGUUGACCAUGGGCAAAAGCUACGGGUUAUUAGAGGCCGGGUACGAUCACAUUGGGAUCGUGGAGGCCCGGACGGAGUUUCUGCGAUAUUUCACAAUUGUCAACAACGUAACCUGGCUGGAUCGGGUUCUCAAGAAGAACCCCCUCCUCAUGUGGCUCGGCCGCCUCGGCCUGUGGAACAGCGUCACGGCCACCGUCCCCAUCGCGCUCCGCCAAAUGGACGAGAAGAAGCGCACCUUCAAGGGCGUCGACGCCGACGGCAAGACGCGCGUCGACCUCCUCACCAAAUUCCUGCAAGCAAAAGUCGACAACCCGGACAUCGUCGACGACCGCGCCGUGCUGGGCCUGACACUGAGCAUGGUCAACGCAGGGUCCGGCACCGUGGCCACGACGCUCGCCGCCACGUUCUACUUCCUGCUGAAAUACCCGGCCGUGAUGAAGGCGUUGGUGGAAGAAACCGAUGCGCAUUUCGAGCCACUCGCAGACGCAAGCAGUGGUGUUGGAUUCCAUGCCUCCGUCGUCCCCUUCGCGGACUCGCAAAAGUUACCCCUCCUCGACGCCGUGCUCAAGGAGAUCUUCCGCCUCUGGCCGGGCUUGGGAAUGCAGCUGAUCGAGCGCCUCACGCCGCCCGAAGGAGCGCACAUCCUGGGCGAGUACAUCCCCGGCGGCAUCAUCGUGAGCUGCAACGCGUGGAUCAUGCACCGCCACAAGCCGACCUACGGGGACGACGUGGAAGUCUUUCGGCCGCAGCGGUGGCUGGACGCGUCGCCGGAGCAACUGGCCGCCAUGAACAAGGCGCUGCUGGUGUGGGGCGCCGGGCCGAACACGUGCAUUGGGAAGAAUAUUGCGUUUCUCGAGCUGUUCAAGGUGAUUCCGUCGGUGUUGCGUGUUUUCACGCUCGAGCUCGCCGAUCCGACAAAGGACUGGAAGGUGUUCAACCUGGGUGAUCCGGAGCCGUCGGAGUUUUUCGUGAGGUUCAGGCCGCGGUACCGGAAAGCAUGA